AUGAAUCCCACAGCGUCAACAAAUCUUGACAACACAGACACCUACAAUGCAACUCAGGAAGACACAACCACGUCGACCACCAAGUUCAACAGCAGUAACAACGCUGCAACCAAAGUAGAUAAGCCAGAACUAACUUGCCUAACUCAAGCGGUAGACGCUAGAAGAUCUUUCGAACUAGAUAAAAUCCGACGCCAUAAGAUGGAAGCAGCAGAAGACAUUGAACGCUACAAGAAGGAGAAACUUCAGAGAUUGCAAGCCAAAGAGGAAGAAAAGAAACGGGAUCUUCAAAUGCUGACUGAUUAUUAUCCAUGGGGAAGAUCUCUUGGAAAUUUUGAAAGGACAAAUCACCGAAGACAAAAGUGGAAUCAUCCAAGUAACUGGCCAACAAAUUAUGCAACUCAACCUCAGGAAUACGCCACGCCUACUCAGAACUUUGCAUCUCAAAGUGUAAGAUGGCCACUCGACCUUAAAGAUCUCGACACUGACGAAGGGACACACACAGAAAUUUUAAAACAUGAGAAAGGCAAGGAUAAGCUUGAACUAAGUGACCCUAUUGAGCACUUGGAAACAGACAUCCAGUUGUCUUCGAAUCCAGGACAGGAAAAUACUCAAAAUACGGAACAAGAAGAGAAAAUUGCUGACAUUAUUUCCAAUGGAAACAAAAGAAAAUACACAACACCAGAUCCUAAUUCCAAAUUUGUUGGAAUGUCUCCAAGAGUGAAAAGGUCCCCAUCUCCUUCUGAAGUAAUGCGUGCACAUGCAGCCAGAGUAUACAUGGAAGAACUCAGUAGUAACAAUUAA